UUUCACGUUUGUUUGAUGUGGUGGGAGAAUGGGAGAGAAGAACACAUAUCCGGUUUUAAAGAUAAUCCACAGUAUAGACGGAUACAUAAGUUAAAGGAAAGGCUCUAUAAAACCUCAUUAAAUCUUCCUAGUGGAACGCCUUUACUUGGAACACAUCAUAUUCUAAGAAAUCAAAUCAUGGAAGAGAAAAGUGAAAUACAAUCGUAUUAUACUGGAAAAACCAUUUUCAUUACCGGUGGUUCUGGUUUUAUGGGAAAAGUUCUUAUUGAAAAAUUACUUUAUAGUUGUAGUGACCUUGACAAGAUUUACAUGUUAAUAAGAUCAAAAAGAGGCAUGAGUCCUGACAUACGUAUAGCACAGAUGUUCAAAUUACCGAUGUUUGCAAGAAUUCGAAAAGAUAAGCCGGAAGUAUUAAAAAAAUUGAUACCAUUAUCUGGUGAUAUUUCAUUGAAUAAUCUUGGAUUGAAUGAUGAACAACGAGAAUUGUUAAUUAAGGAAACACAAAUAGUCUUUCAUGUAGCAGCCAUGGUUAAAUUGGAUGCAACAUUGAAACAAGCGGUUGAUUUUAAUUUGAUUGGUACCAAGAGGAUGUUGGAUCUUUGCAGGGAUAUGAAAAAUUUAGAAAUUUUCUUACACUUGAGUACUGCAUUUUGUCAUGUCGAUCAGGUAGAACUUGGUGAAAGAGUUUACGAUUCACCAGACGAUCCUCAAGAUGUAAUAAGACUCGUUCAAUGGUUGAACGACGAGACCAUCGAUCUUAUUACUCCUAAAUUGAUUGCUCCACAUCCAAAUACUUAUACAUACACAAAACGUUUGACGGAGAAAAUAGUAACAGACGAGUAUCCUAAUAUGCCAGUCGUCAUAACGAGACCAUCCAUUGUUCUACCUGCUGUUAAAGAACCUUUGCCAGGUUGGGUUGAUAAUUUGAACGGACCGAUAGGUCUUACAAUUGCUUCCGGAAAAGGUGUAUUGAGAACGAUGCACUGUGAUCCUGAUUAUCAUGCUGAAGUUUCUCCCGUUGAUUUGUCUAUUAAUGCAUUGAUUGCUAUCGCUUAUAAGGAAGCUUCUAAUAGGAACAAAUCGAAGAACAUUCCAGUUUACAACAUCACUCAGAGUUCAAUUGAACCAAUGUCAUGGGGUAGUCUUGUUGAUCAGGGUAAACAUAUCGUUUACAAAUAUCCAUUUGAUGGAAUGGUUUGGUAUCCUGAUGGUAACAUACGUAAAAGUAAAUUGGCUCAUAAUAUUAUGCAUUUCUUCUCUCACGUUUUACCUGCAUACUUCAUCGAUUUUUUGAUGUUAAUAUUUUUACAAAAAAGAUUUAUGGUACGUAUACAAAAAAAAAUUGCCAAUGGUUUGGAAUUAUUGGAAUAUUUUACAACGCGAGAAUGGAAAUUUCACAAUACGAAUUUAUUAAUACUCGAUGGUGAAAUGAGUCCGAAGGAUAAAGAAAUUUUCCAAAUUGAUGGAUGCAAAGUUGAUCGGAUUGAAUUUAUGAAAAAUUGUGUAUUAGGUGCUAGACAAUAUUGCAUGAAAGAGGAUUUAUCUUCUUUACCAAGAGCACGGAUGCAAUUAAAGAUACUGUACAUCCUUCAUAAUAUAACAAUAUUCGCCUUCUACUUUGGCAUAUUUUAUUUCUUUUACACUCACUUGGAAUUUGCACAAGUUUCUGUGAAUUACGUCACGGAUAAGAUAAAGAUGCUGCCAAUGAUGGGAAAUGUUAUACAGAAGACACCUAUUUAAGUGAAAUAAUUGUCACAACAAUAA